GCUCCUCCAAGCUAGCUACCCGUUUUCGAAGUUUCACCGCCGUCUCUCCUCACGCCUCUUUCAUUCACCUUCACCGUCCUCCUCAGGCCUACCGUCAUACUUAAAGCCGGCUUCCCCAUCCUUUUACUGCUCUUUCUCCUGCGCAACGCCUCCCACACAUUCCCGGGUAUCUAUUCAAGCCGACGCGAUAUACUUGCUUGCAAUCCAAUCUUGCCCGCAAGCUACAGCACAGCUACGCCUAUCUACAUUACCCACGGUACCCUUCCUUCUAAGUCACUGCCCAGUAUCCGCACUGACAUCGCACAGUCUCACCCCUCACGUACAUCGCCAAAAUGGUUCAGUGGACUGGCGAGAAGGACGCGAUCCUCCUGCGCGGCAUCUUCGAGAAGUGCGACAUCAAGUUCGGCAAAGAGCUCUGCGAGGACCUGGCCAAGAGGAUAGGCGAAGGCUGUACCCCAAAAGCCGUCAACAUCCGUCUGCAGAGCAUCCGCAAGAACGGCAAGCCCGUUCCAGACCGCACCCGUAGCGCGAACGCGACGCCCACCAAGACCGCCGGCACUCCCAAGACUCCCGGCUCGUCUGCGCGUGCCCGCAGCGGCAAGGGCGCGAAGGCUAAGACCAUGGACGAGGAGAAUCACCCGCAGGACGAUGAGGACGAGAUCCCAAGUCCGUCUGUGGGACGGAAGAGGGGAAGGAGCAUGGCUGCGAGCGAGGAGCCGCUGACCAAGAAGAUCAAGUGCGAGCCCGACUUGGACUUGGACUUGGACUUCAGCGGUAUCCUCGGCGGCGGUGGCGGUGGUAGCCAAGAUGGUGCUGCGUAUGAGGAUGAAUCCAUCUGACCAACCAAUCUUCGUGGGAAUCCUUGGGCUGCAAGAGGCUGGGUUGGUCUACGCAAGGAAGUUCAAGGAUGGAGCAGAGAAAUGCGCGGUAUAGCAUUGGGAGUUAACGCGCUUCUCGAUGCAGUAGUAUGCUUCGUGCAUGUCUUUUGGUCUGCUGUCGGGUUUUGG